AAUGGCGGCCACAACCCUGCUGCGAGCUACACCCCGCUUCUGUGGUCUCGGCGCUGGCCCAACUCCACUAUUGCAGGGUUUUUUGCGGCCGCCAAAGGCCCCAGCACAUCCCCUCUUGUGCCGUGGCCUGGCCGUGGAAGCCAAGAAGACCUAUGUGCGCGAUAAGCCUCAUGUGAACGUGGGUACCAUCGGCCAUGUGGACCACGGCAAAACCACGCUGACAGCGGCCAUCACCAAGAUUCUAGCCGAGGGCGGUGGGGCCAAGUUUAAGAAGUACGAGGAAAUUGACAAUGCACCUGAAGAGAGAGCUCGGGGUAUCACGAUCAAUGCUGCCCAUGUGGAGUAUACCACUGCGGCCCGCCACUAUGCCCACACAGACUGCCCGGGUCACGCGGAUUACGUUAAGAAUAUGAUCACAGGCACUGCUCCCCUCGAUGGUUGCAUCCUGGUGGUGGCAGCCAAUGAUGGCCCCAUGCCCCAGACCCGAGAGCACCUAUUACUGGCCAAACAGAUCGGAGUAGAGCACAUUGUUGUGUAUGUGAAUAAGGCAGAUGCUGUCCAGGACUCUGAGAUGGUGGAGCUAGUCGAACUGGAAAUACGAGAACUGCUCACUGAAUUUGGCUAUAAAGGGGAGGAGACCCCGGUUAUUGUAGGCUCUGCCCUCUGUGCUCUUGAGCAACGUGACCCUGAGCUAGGCGUGAAAUCGGUGCAGAAGCUGCUGGAUGCUGUGGACACUUACAUCCCAGUGCCCACUCGAGACCUGGAGAAGCCUUUUCUGCUGCCAGUAGAGUCCAUUUACUCUAUCCCUGGCCGGGGCACAGUAGUGACAGGUACACUUGAGCAAGGCAUUUUGAAGAAGGGAGAUGAGUGUGAGUUCCUAGGACAUAGCAAGAACAUCCGCACUGUGGUGACAGGCAUUGAAAUGUUCCACAAGAGCCUGGACAGGGCAGAGGCAGGUGACAACCUAGGGGCCCUGGUCCGAGGCUUGAAGCGGGAGGAUCUAAGGCGUGGCCUGGUCAUGGCCAAGCCAGGUUCCAUUCAGCCCCACCAGAAGGUGGAGGCCCAGGUUUACAUCCUUAGCAAGGAGGAAGGUGGCCGCCACAAGCCUUUUGUAUCCCACUUCAUGCCUGUCAUGUUCUCUCUGACUUGGGACAUGGCCUGUCGUGUCAUCUUGCCUCCAGGGAAGGAGCUUGCUAUGCCCGGGGAGGACCUCAAGCUCACUCUGAUUUUGAGGCAGCCAAUGAUCUUAGAAAAGGGCCAGCGCUUCACCCUGCGAGAUGGCAACCGGACCAUUGGCACUGGUCUUGUCACUGACACACCGGCCUUGACUGAGGAGGACAAGAAUAUCAAGUGGAGUUGA